AUGAGAGAAACGCAUCUCCAAAGACUCCAUGCAGGCACCCAAUUAACUCUUUACAGUGUACGUCAAAAGUACUGGAUAUUGAACAGCCAAAGUGGAAAAAAUCAUGAUCAUGAUCAACUGAUGGGAAAUCUACCGGCCGCCAGAGUCACUCCAGCCAGACCCUUCCUGCAUACAGGCGUAGAUUACGCUGGACCAAUCUGGAUCAGAACAUCCAAAGGACGAGGUCAUCAUGCCCACAAAGGAUAUCUGGCCAUUUUUGUGUGUUUUACUACAAAAGCGAUUCACCUCGAAGUUGUAUCUGACUACACUGCGGAAACGUUCGUCGCAGCCUUCAGAAGAUUUGUAGCUAGACGGGGACUCCCUUCCGACAUGUACAGCGACAAUGGGACGACAUUUGUUGUCACCAACAAGGAAAUUCAAAUCGCCAUCAAGGACGCUCAGAGAUUCGCGCUACCAAGCUCAACUUCAAAAAACACAUCAGUUGGCAUUACAUCCUCCCAUUUUGGAGGCCUGUGGGAGGCCGGUGUAAAAUCUAUGAAGUUCCACUUAAUCCGAUUGACUGACGACAGAAAAAUAACGUUCGAGGAAUGGAAUACUUUCCUGUGCCAGAUCGAGAGCAACGUGAAUUCCAGGCCACUCACUGCUCUUCAUGACUCUCCUGAUGAUCUGCUCCCGCUCACAGCACGUCAUUUUCUGAUUGGCCAACCUCUCUCCGCGAAACCGGAACAAUCAUUGUUGGAUGUGAACAGCAAUCGAUUAUCACCCUGGCAACUUAUCCAACAACUGAAUGAGAGCUUUUGGAUUCAUUGGAGACAGCAGUACUUAUACGCUUUACAAACAAGACAAAAAUGGAGAAUCGAGAAAGAAGGUUUGGAGAGCAGAGAGAUUGCCCUCAUCAGAAACCUAGCUACACCACCCAGCAAGUGGCCACUUGCACGAGUGACAGAGCUCUUCCCGAGCUAA